CUCCUCAACUCAUUGUUCUUGCUCUGUUUUUAUUCAUUUAUUAUUUUAGCCAUUGCAUACCUCCCAUGCACACGGCCACCUUCACCCCCCGUUUCCCACGACUUUCUCUUUCUCUUUCUCAUUCCCUUCCUCUUCCUCUUCCUCUUCUUGCAUCUCUUCUCCGGUGGCGCGAGGCAUGCAGCUUUUCCAGACGUUAACGGAGGGCGGCGCCCACUUAGAGCUCACCCCCACCACCACCUCCGCGCUGGCCAGGGUGCCUUCGGAAGCAUGUGCCGUGGCGGUAGGAUGUUCGCCCCCACCAAGAUCUGGCGCUGUUGGCACCGCAAGAUCAACGUCAACUAGAAGCGGUACGGGGUUUCCGUCAUCGCCGCCUCAGCCGUCCCCUCACUCGUGAUGGCUCGUGGGCACAGGAUUGAAUCCGUCCCGGAGCUUCCUCUGGUGAUUGGAGAUUCGGCCGAGAGUGUCGAGAAAACGUCGGCGGCGAUUGAUAUUCUGAAGCAAGUUGGCGCUUAUCCUGAUGUAGAGAAGGCGAAAGACAGCCACGGUAUUCGUCCCGAAAAGGGUAAGAUGAGGAACCGCCGCUACAUUUCAAGGAAAGGUCCGUUGAUCGUCUACGACACGGAGGGUGCGAAGCUUGUAAAGGCUUUCCGGAACAUUCCUGGGGUUGAGGUUGCUAACGUCAAGCGGCUCAAUCUUCUGAAACUCGCUCCCGGUGGCCAUCUUGGAAGGUUCAUUAUCUGGACCAAAUCGGCAAUUGAGAAGGUGGAUUCAAUCUAUGGAUCCUUUGAUAAGACAUCGGAGAAGAAGAAGGGAUACCUCUUGCCACGCGCAAAGAUGGUAAAUGCUGAUUUGGCUAGGAUCAUCAACUCGGACGAGGUUCAGUCUGUGGUGAGGCCAAUCAAGAAGGAGAUGAAGAGGGCACCAAUGAAGAAGAACCCGCUCAAGAACUUGAAUACAAUGUUGAAGCUGAAUCCAUAUGCCAAGACUACAAGGAGGAUGGCUCUUCUGGCUGAGGCACAACGGGUCAAGGCCAAGAAGGAGAAGCUUGACAAGAGAAAGGGCUUGAAGGCGGCUGCCAAGAAGGCUGCUGGUGAAAAUGAUGAUGCCCAGGUAGAGAGGCGGGUCGUGAUGGAGAUUGAGGUUCUGGGCUUGCCCAUGAUGACGAAUAUGGGUUUGAGUGGGAGCUCAGGCCCAAGUUUGUUGAUGGAGGGCCUCAUGCCCAUCACCCUCAUGGCCCAUACCCAUAUUGAGUCAACCCAUUUAGCUGCUUCAAUGCUAAGCAAUUGUCAAGCUUCUCAUUUUCGUAAUUUAUUCAUUUAUUUAUCUAUUUUUAUUUUUCAUUUUAUUUUGUUUUAUCUUAUUUUACUUUCACAUAUUUUUUAACUUAACCUAAACUCAACUAAAAGACAAAUUAUUAGGAAUGAAUACCAUUUUCGAAGCUUAAAAUAAUUUAUAUUUUAUCUUCUCUUC